CUUUCUUCCAUGCAUGUGAUUCCUUUAAAAAAAAAAUGAAACAGUUAAAACUUACAGCUUUUGUUUUUUUCUUGUUCUUUUUUACUGAAUCCCUAACUCUGCCCACAAAGCCUCAGGAUGUAGAUGACUUCAGGACCACCCAGAAAUUUAUAGAAGAGAAUAUUGAAUACAUCACCAUCAUUGCGUUUGCUCAACAUGUUCAGGAAGCAACCUUCGAAGAUGUGGAAAUUCUGGUGAAAGACAUGGUAGAAUACAAAGACAGAUGCGUGGGUAACAAGACACUCCCGGAGUGUUUCAAAUUACCUAAUAAUGUUUUACAGGAAAAAAUAUGUGCUAUGGAGGGGUUGCCACAAAAGCAUAAUUUUUCACACUGCUGCAGUAAGGUUGACUUUGAAAGAAGACCCUGUUUCUUCUUUAACAAGAAAGCUGAUGUAGGAUUUCUGCCUCCUUUCCCUACUCUGGAUCCUGAAGAGAAAUGCCAGGCUUUUAAAAAUAGCAGAAAAUCUUUUCUAAAUCACUACAUCUAUGAAGUUGCCAGAAGGAACCCCUUUGUCUUUGCUCCUACACUUCUAAGUGUUGCUGCUCGAUUUGAGGAGGUGGCUAACACAUGCUGUGAAGAGCAACACAAAGUCAGCUGCUUUCAGACAAGGGCAGCACCUGUCAUACAAUAUUUAAAAGCAUUUUCUUCUUAUCAAAAAAAUGUCUGUGGGGCAUAUUGGAAAUUUGGAACCAAAGUCUUAAACUUUAUAAAUAUUGCUGUACUCAGUCAAAAAUUUCCAAAGAUUGAAUUUAAGGAACUUACCUCCCUCAUAGAAGAUGUUUCUUCCAAGUAUGAUGGAUGUUGUGAAGGGGAUGUUGUACAGUGUAUCCGUGACACGAGCAAGGUUAUGAACCACAUUUGUUCAAAGCAAGACUCCAUCUCCAGCAAAAUCAAAGAGUGCUGUGAAAAGAAAAUACCAGAGCGUGGCGAAUGCAUAAUUAACUCAAACAAAGACGACAGACCAAAGGACUUAAGAGAAGCAAAAUUCACUGACAGUGAAAAUAUAUGUCAAGAACGAGAUACUGACCCAGACAACUUCUUUGCUGAGUUUACUUACGAAUACUCAAGGAAUCAUCCAGACCUGUCUAUACCAGAGCUUUUAAGAAUUGCUAACGUAUACAAGGACCUCCUGAGCAAUUGCUGCAACACAGAAAACCCUGCAGGUUGUUACCGUCAUGCGAAAGAUAAAUUCAAUGAGACAACUGAGAAAAGCCACAAGAUAGUACAACGAGAAUGUGCACAUUUCCAGCAUUUGGGGAAGAAUGGCUUGAAAUACUACUACCUUAUCAGACUCACAAAGACAGCCCCUCAGCUCUCCACUGAAGAACUCAUCUCUCUUGGAGAGAAAAUGGUGAUGGCUUUGACUACCUGCUGCACGCUAAGUGAAGAGUUUGCCUGUGUUGAUAAUUUGGUGGAUUUAGUUCUUGGAGAGUUAUGUGGAAUAAAUGAAAAUCGAACCAUCAACCCUGCUGUGGACCACUGUUGUAAAACAAACUUUGCCUUCAGAAGGCACUGCUUUGAGGGUCUGAAAGCUGAUAAAACAUACAUGCCUCCACCUACCACUAAAGAUUUAUUUACAUUUAACGCAGACUUGUGUCAGGCUCAGAAUGAGGAACUUCAGAGAAAGAAAGACAGGUUUCUUGUCAACUUAGUGAAGCUGAAACAUGAACUCACAGAUGAGGAGCUGCAGUCUUUGUUCAAAAGUUUCACUCAAGCCAUGGAGAAAUGCUGCAAUGCAGAGGACCCUGAAACCUGCUUUAAUGAAGAGGGUCCCAAAAUUGGCAGCUGAAGCCAGGCUGCUUGAGCAAAAAGUAAAAAGCACCAAAGAAAUGACCAACUUGUCAGCUUCCUAAUUGUCCUGUGGUGAAUUUCGUUUCCUGAGAAGAAUGAAGUAAAAGGAUUCUUCUGCAGUCUUCACCUGAAAUCGUAUUAUUAUAGAAAGUAAUAAACACAAAGUUGUAAAGUUA